AUGGCCUUGAAAGCUAUUGGUUGUCUGCAUCUGCCCAAGCUCAGCAGACAGCUGACUUUGCCGGUGAUGUUCUGUAUGGAACGUGGACCAUGGGAAUGUAACAUGGAUUUCAACGAAUGCCGUGUCUCUCCGACGGUUUCGACAGGUCAUGGAUCGGAAACAACAAAUCAAACUCGUGGUGAAAGUGGGCUUGUGCACAACGAGCUUCUGCAGACAUUUCCGCCGCAUCUUACCAGGAUCGCUCAUUGGUCACCGAGAAAAUACCAUGACAUGAAGGAAGUGGUUUUUCAUCCAACACCGGGAAACAGAUAUCAAGCGACCAGAUCCCUCGACUGCCGGUCCAGGGCAUUUUUACCAGUCAACUGCCCGUUCUGCACGGCGGCUAACAGUCCUCUGCGACUCAAUUCUCCAUCUUCUUUGUCAAAAUUCCUGAUUAAUCCACCGAGAGGCCAAAUUGGAGCCCUGAGCCCAACAGUUAUCUCCUUGACGUGGACAAGCGGAACAUUGAGAUAA